CAAAAAAAGUUAGAGAAAGAAAUCUUUCUUCUUGCGAUCCCCCAAAUCGGAAGUUUAUGAGUCGGACCAUUUGGGAGGUUGGACGCGUUUCCGGGAGCUGUCAGCUGUGAGCACCCAACAUAUCCACUGCAAUGAGUUUUGAGUGGCCGUGGCAGUACAAUUUUCCACCGUUUUUCACACUACAGCCCAAUGUUGACACGAGACAGAAGCAGCUGGCGGCAUGGUGCUCACUGGCUCUGUCCUACUGCCGGCAUCACAAGCUCUACACGCUGGAUGUCAUGGAGGCUCAGGAAAGCCCCAUGUUCAACAACAAGAAGAUAGAACGAAAACUGUCAAUGGAAGCAAUUCAAGUUGUUUUUGAGGAACUGAGGAAAAAAGGCAACCUCGAGUGGUUGGAUAAAAACAAGUCUCGGUGUUUAGUCAUGUGGAGACGACCAGAGGAAUGGGGCAAGUUAAUAUAUCAGUGGGUUUCCAAAAACGGUAUGGUCAACUCUGUGUUUACACUUUAUGAGCUGUCCAAUGGUGAUGACACAGAAGGUGAAGAGUUCCACGGUCUGGAGGACUGGAUGCUGCUUCGCUCGCUGCAGGCUUUACAGACAGAAGGCAAAGCCGAGCUCUUCACCAUGGACGAUGGAAAAGGCGUCAAGUUCUUCUAAAACUGUGCUGGAAUCACACACCCUCUGUCUGGGAGCCCUCACACUGUACUUUACAGACAAAUUUUUAUUAAGAUUUAGCCAUUUAAGGCUACAUAAGGUGCACCUCAAUACCGAGUCUAGUGGAUGCUGGUCCUCUAAUUGUUGUUGCCUUUUGAUUCAAAGCCUUCUCUUACUGGAAGAGAACCAAUAUCAUUUCUAAGUGUUUGGGGGGGGGGGCAUUUUAGAUCAUGCUACUUGUAAAGUCGUCAUAGGUAGCAUUUGUUGCCAUUUAACCAUGCAAUGAAUAUCAGGGCACUAAAUACUGUCAUGUCUGAGUACUUUAGGGGAACGUCUUUCCCUGCCCGCUUUAACUUUACUCCAUCUUUAUUAUUGUAAAUGCAUCUACUUUUAUUCUCAUUUUUCUCUGUUAACAAAUUUACUCUGUAAAAAUAGCUGUGGAUCUUUGCUCGGCUGUUAUUCCUCUGUUCCAACCAGACAUACCAAGAAAUUCCAGAAAGCAACACCAGAGGGACUUUUUAUUUUGAGAGUAAAUGCUUCCAGAAGAGGAACACAACAGGCGCUUGAGCCAGUCUUGGCUUGACUCAGCUGCGUGUAAUAAUAGUGGACUUCAUGUACAGAUUGCUGUAUCCUAUUAUUGUGCAGUAGCUACUGUGAUGCUCCUGUUAUCUUUAUCUCUGUCUAUAUUCAACUUCUUUUUCAUAUCCUGUAGGAAAUAAAUUAGACAUUUGUUAAA